GUCCGGAUUUCUGUGACCCACUUCAGUACCUCUCUGUUUCUUUUUCUUUCUUAUUAUAUCAAAAUCACGACCGUAUUGCAACCUCCACUGAUCUUUUCCCAAAUGGAUCACCUUGGUAUCAUGUCCAUGGUUCUGGAGGGUGCAUUGGAAGCGCAGAAAGAGGAAACACUGCGGUUGGAAGAGUCACAUAGGGCUGCUUUUGUUGCGUUAGUUGAAAAGGAGAGGGAGCGUUCCAUGCUUAUCACGAAAAACCGCGACUUGGUAGCUAAUGAAGCGCCCAAGGCAAAAUUUGUUGAGCGCUUCAUGGUUUUCAUUGAGGCUAUUGAGAAUGAUGAUCUGGAGACUCUCCAGAGUUUCGAUGAAAAAACUAUGAUGAAUACUAUUUUGACAAUGAUGAACUGUGACGGCGAAAACGGCGGAGACGACGUUUUCAAAAUCGGAUUGAGUCUUGAAGAAAAAGCUACCAUGGAUGCGAUUGUAGCCGCCGUGAACACUGGUGGGAGUUUUGGGGGCGACAAUGGUGGAUUUUCCGGUGAAUACGGAGAGGACGUUCCUGAAAUCAAACUGGGUCUCAAUGAAAAAGGUACCAUGGAUACAAGUGUAACUAUGGUGAACAACUACGGCUGUGGCAGCGGAAAAGGUGGUUUCGCCGGCGAUGACGAGCAUGGGGGAGCUACGGUUGAGGGAACAAACGGUGACGGCGAUGGAGACAGAAACAGCGGUGGAUAUGGAGGAAGCUGCCACGAAAACCGCCGCCAGUUAGGUGACGGUGUGUCCUGUUAAUUACAUUAAUAUGCAAAGGUUAUAAGAUGUAUUUCUGUGAUUAUUAAUACUGGUUAUACUUGAGUCUCUGUUUGUUGCUGGAACCGUCUACCAUGAGUGGUGUACUGCAUAGAUGCAUCUUCACUUUAUUAAUAAGAGCAUGUUUUUGUUUUAAAAUUA